AUGGCCGUCGCAAACUUCUGCGACAUCGAACAUCUGGGAGGGCAAGAAGGUCGGCAACCCUCGAUCUGCGAUCUAAAGGUGUUGGAGAGGAUCUGGAAGGGGCGGCACAAAGAAGUGAGGACGGGGAGAGGAAGAGGUAGGGAGGAAUGGUUGCAGGCAGCAAUGGCGCAAAUGGAGAACGGGAGAGGGAAGGAUGGAGAGAAGAGUCCCGCACAGAGAGGGGCAGUGGCGGCGGAGACGUAA